AUGGCUUCCACCGGCUUUACAUCUUCAUCCAAUGGACGAACAGGAUUUCGACGCAAUCAGGAACGCAGUAACAAUGUGGGACUCAAAUUGAACGCCACCAAGAAAAAAAUGACAAUCAAACCCUUUAAAAUAACGCCCAAGCUGCCAGAAUCUUUUGAAAAAGACACGUGGAACAAGCUUGAGACUGCUGUUCGUGCAGUGCAUGCAAAGCAGAUGUCGGCACUUAGUAGAGAAGAGCUUUAUCGCUCCGUUGAGGACUUAUGCACGUGGAAGAUGGCGGCCAGGUUGUAUACGAGAUUGAAAGAGACUUGUGCUGUGCAUAUUCGAAAGAGAGUACAAGAUUUAGUGGAAUAUACAGGUGGAGAUUUGGAUUUAUUCCUAGAAGCAGUGCAUCGACUAUGGGAAGACCAUUGUGAAGAUAUGCUCGUAAUUCGUACGAUCUUUCUCUAUUUGGAUCGUACGUACGUGAUGCAGACGCCACAUAUUGCGUCGAUCUGGGACAUGGGACUAAAUCUAGUUCGGGACAAUUUGGUCCAGCAUCGAAGUUUAGAGACAAAGCUGAUAGAUGCCCUGCUGGAGUUGGUGGAAUCAGAACGUAAGGGUGAGGCUAUCAACCGCAGCUAUUUAUACAAUUUGCUGCGGAUGCUGCUGUCCUUGCAUUUGUACCAUACAGACUUUGAGACGCCAUUCUUGAUGGCGUCAGAGCGAUUUUAUAUGCACGAAGGAGCCACUACCAUCGAGUCGGUAAGCGUGCCACAAUUUUUGGUGCAUGUCGAAAAGCGCCUUUACGAAGAAAAUGAGCGCGUGGUGAAUUACCUUGAUGCAUCGACUAAAAAACAACUGAUUUCAGUGGUUGAACGCAAAAUGCUGAAGCCACAUGUGGCCACGUUGCUGGAGCGCGGAUUCGAAACGUUGAUGGAAGAAGGCCGAAUUGAUGACCUGAAGCGGAUGUACGCACUUUUUGCGAGGGUCGAUGCGAUCAGCGAUCUCAAGAUAGCAUUCUCGAGUUAUAUACAGAAGAACGUAUCCAAGCUGGUGAUGGAUGAUAAACAAGAGAAGACGUUUGUGGAGAAGAUACUCAAGCUGAAAGCUGACCUGGACGCGGUACUGACCGAUUCAUUCCAAAUGAACUCGGAGUUUUUAUUCGCCAUGAAGUCGGCGAUGGAGAAUGCAAUCAACGUGCGCGCAAACCGACCUGCUGAGCUCGUGGCAAAGUAUGUUGACUCGAAACUUCGAACCGGUAACAAGGGUGGUUCUGAGGCAGAAGUGGAGAGUUUGUUGGAUCGUGUUAUGGUUAUAUUCCGGUACAUUCAAGGCAAAGACGUAUUUGAAGCAUUUUACAAAAAGGACCUUGCGAAGCGCUUGCUGGUAGGAAAGAGUGCUUCUUUUGAUCUGGAAAAGCUUAUGCUGUCGAAGUUGAAAACCGAGUGCGGCAGCUCAUUUACUAACAAGCUUGAGGGUAUGUUCAAAGAUAUUGAUCUUUCACAAAACGUGAUGGUUCAGUUCCAGCAACAUGCUGCGAGCAGGAACGCGCUGGAGACUUUGCACGAAAAGCGUGGCAUCCCUGACAUGCAAGUCCAAGUUUUGACGACUGGAUUCUGGCCACCUUACGCUGCUGUUGAAAUCAAUCUGCCGGCUUCGCUUGUUCCUCUGAAAGAGAUAUUCGACAAAUUCUACUCAUCCAAGUAUCAAGGGCGUCAGCUCCAGUGGCAACACUCUCUAGCACAGUGUGUAGUGAAGGCUGCAUUCCCUUCCGGCAAAAAAGAGCUUGUGGUGUCGCUGUACCAGACUGUGGUCUUGCUUUGUUUUAACGGAACGGAUUCGUUGAGUUUUAAGGAAAUCAAGGAACAGACGCGCAUCGAAGACGGCGAGCUUCGACGAACGUUGCAAUCGCUCGCAUGUGGUAAAACGCGAGUGCUGCAGAAGGUGCCGAAGGGGAAGGAUGUGAAUGAUGAUGACUUGUUCGUAUAUAACGCCCAGUUUACGAACCAGUUCAUCCGCAUCAAAAUUAACUCUAUUCAGAUGAAGGAGACCAAGAAGGAGAACGAAGACACACACGAGCGUGUGUUUCGGGAUCGCCAGUAUCAAGUAGAUGCCGCCAUUGUGCGUAUCAUGAAAGCGCGCAAGAAGCUAUCGCACGCGCUGCUGAUGACAGAGAUCUUCACGCAAGUUCGGUUCCCCGCAAAGGCUGCCGACAUCAAGCGCCGUAUUGAGAGUCUCAUCGACAGGGAGUAUCUCGAGCGAGACUCGAGCAACGCCCAGAUGUACAACUAUUUAGCCUAG